CGCUGAUAUAUAGCAUGAAGACGCAGCUGAUGCAACACUGGACCGAGAUAACACAGACAUCGCGCCGGAGCACUGUAGCCUACAGGAUCAGCUCAGAGAGGAAGCAGCGUCUCAUUCUCAUAAAGCGAGUCAGGCAGGAGUUCGCUGCUUAUAUCCUGUACAUUAACCGGUAUCAGCAUGCCUGUUAUCAGAACCCUCAGCAAGGUGGCCAAGCAGGCCCUACUCAGCACCCCGGGGUGCGGCUGCCAGCCCCUGACGGUGGCUGUGCGCAACAUCAGCUUCUCCCCUCGGCAGGUGACGUCUGACGCCAGCUUCCACUCUGUGUCCUUCUCAGAAACGGACCACCCCAAGGUGCUCAUUACAGGAGGCCUGGGUCAGCUCGGGGUGGGGCUCGCCAAACUCCUACGGAAGAGGUUUGGCAAGAACAACGUCAUCUUGUCUGACAUCAGGAAACCUCCGAGCAAUGUUUUCCACAGUGGCCCCUUCAUCUACUCAGACAUCCUGGACUACAAGAACCUGCGGGAAAUUGUGGUGAACAACCGCAUCACAUGGCUGGUUCACUACAGCGCCCUCCUCAGUGCUGUUGGAGAGGCGAACGUGGCCCUGGCACGCUCUGUUAACAUCACCGGUCUUCACAACAUCUUGGACAUUGCAGCAGAGCACGGCUUGCGUCUGUUUGUCCCCAGCACCAUCGGCGCCUUCGGUCCCACUUCUCCCCGCAACCCUACGCCAGAUCUCUGUGUGCAGAGACCUCGUACCAUCUAUGGUGUCUCCAAAGUCCACGCUGAGCUGAUGGGAGAGUACUACCACCACCGCUACGGCCUUGACUUCCGCUGUCUCCGCUACCCAGGAAUCAUCUCUGCUGACUCUAUGCCAGGGGGUGGCACAACAGACUAUGCCGUCCAGAUUUUCCACGACGCAAUCAAAACUGGCAAGUUUGAGUGCAACUUGAAACCCGACACACGGCUGCCCAUGAUGUACAUUGACGACUGCCUGCGUGCCACACUGGAGGUGAUGGAGGCGCCAGCUGAUACACUGAGCAUGAGGACCUACAACAUCAACGCCAUGAGCUUUACCCCAGAGGAACUGGCCCAGGAACUCCAGAAGCAAAUGUCAGAGCUGGAGGUCACGUAUGAGGUUGACCAUGUACGACAGGCCAUUGCUGACAGUUGGCCAAUGAACUUUGAUGACUCCAACGCAAGGAAGGAUUGGGGCUGGAAGCACGAUUACGAUCUCCCAGAGCUCGUCCAGACGAUGCUUAACUACUUCGGUGCAGACACGCUCAUGGCUCGUGCCAACUGAGCAACAUGGUCCGAGUAUUCUUUGUACAUAAUGUAAAGACUGACCAAAGAGAAUAGAGAAACAUUGCCUGUACAUAGUAGUUCUCUCACUUCUCUCUAUAAAAUCAGAAGGCCUCUGCUUGCCUGGCACAAAUCUACAAUGUCUUCAGGAUGUAAAAGGUCAGCGUGGGCUAGACAAUCCUCCUUGCUCCUGUCUAUCUACCCCUGCUUUGCUCUCUUUCUCCUUUGAAACUGGGUGAAGAGCAGUCUGUCAGCAGAAGGUUGUCCGCAUUAUCAGGGAUAACAUUGUGGCCUGGAAAUCCAAAUCGGUCAGGGUUUAGUUUUCUGCAAAAUUUCCAAGGAUUGUCAAAAAUCAGGUAUCGAGGGCGUAAAAGCUCCUGGGGAUGAAAUCAAAUGGGUGUACAAAUACACAAGUUGUGUCCUUUUGAUGCACUUUAGACAGAUUUGUGUCUUAAAAUUACUGACAAGUAAAUGAGCCGAAUCACCUGCAGGGGCGGUUUCUGAUACAGUGCAUCUGUAUUUUGAGCAUUGUGGAGUGAUAAUACUUAAGAAUUGUUCUUCUGUUUAUUCCACGUAACAUUAUUUAUUCUGUCUGUUGAUGUUAAAUAUGUGGGAGCUUCAAGUGAAAGCUUUUCUUAACACUUCUUGUUUCUAAGUGUUCCUGUCCACUUUUAUGAUGUUUUUUUUUUCAUCAACUCUGUGGGAAUUAUUUUGCCACAAAAGCAAAAUGUGACACUGUCUGCCACAUUUAUGUUCAGCCACAUUUGGUGGUUUCUGUAUUUUCAAAAUUUUGUAAAAGAAAUGCUGGAAUUGGUUUCUAUGUAGUCUUAGCAGGUUUUGUCUGUCCUUUCAAUCGCAACAAGCUUUGACAAUAAAACCCUUUUCCAAAUA